AUGUCCGCGUUCAGAGACUUCGAUGUGACAGUUCAUGACACCAUUGUGGACGAAGAAGCUCGAAAGAUGGUUAUGCAUGCGUCCAGCACGGGUACGACUGCGCUGGGGCCAUACAAUAAUGACUAUACGCUUAUUCUGCAUAUGACUGAGGAUGGGCGCAAGGUGGAAAAAUUCUAUGAAUUUGUGGAUAGUGCGUAUACUGUGGACUAUAUGCCACGACUACAGGAUGCCAUUGCCAAUCAGCAGAAGGGAUAA